AUGACUUCAAUUGAAAUUGAGUCUUCAGACGUUGUUCGCUUAAUAGAGCAGUAUUUGAAGGAAAACAAUCUGAUGCGCUCUCUUGCUGCCCUGCAGGAGGAAACUAAUAUUACUCUUAAUACUGUGGACAGCAUAGAUUCUUUUGUUCACGAGAUUCAGUCUGGUCACUGGGAUACUGUGUUGAAGAUUAUACAGCCCUUGAAACUUCCGGCCAAAAAACUUAUUGAUCUUUAUGAACAGAUGGUAAUUGAGUUGACAGAACUGCGCGAACUUGGUUGUGCCCGACUGCUCUUAAGACAGACGGAUCCUAUGCAAUUACUGAAGAAUACGGAGCCGGAAAGGUAUGCUCGCUUGGAUAAUCUCUUGGCUAGAUCUUACUUUGACCCUCGAGAAGUCUAUCCGGAAGGGAGCUCCAAAGAAAAACGUCGUAUUGCAAUUGCUCAGUCUCUUUCUUCGGAAGUUAAUGUGGUGCCACCAUCUCGUCUUUUAGUACUUCUCGCCCAAGCAUUGAAAUGGCAACAGCAUCAAGGGCUGUUGCCACCAGGAACUCAGAUCGAUCUAUUCAGAGGAAAGGCUGCUGUUAGGGAACAGGAGGAUGAAAGGUACCCAACUCAGAUGGCCCGUCAGAUUAGGUUCAGCAUGAAAAGUUAUCCGGAGUGUGCUGGUUUUACUCCUGACGGUCAGUUUCUGGUUACUGGCUCGGUCGAUGGAUUUAUUGAGUAUUAUGCUUGUCUUUUAGCAAAGAUUCUGAAAUGCUUGCUACUGGUUGCAAAGACGGUAUGGAAACUUUCAACUGGUCAAUGUUUACGGCGAUUGGAUAGCGCUCACAGCAAAGGCAUUACAAGUGCACAGUUUUCAAAGGAUAAUGCCCACAUAUUGUCUUCAUCGUAUGACCAAGUAAUUAGAGUCCAUGGUUUAAAGAGCGGAAAAUGUUUGAAAGAGUUACGUGGCCAUUCUUCUUUUGUGAACGACGUCAAAUAUACAGAAGACGGGCAUUUUUGCAUUUCUGCAUCAAGUGACGCUACAGUUCGGGUUUGGAACCUCAAAACCAAUGAGUGCGUGAAUACAUUUAGGGUUUCAGGUGACGCUGCGGUAAACAGUGUUCAUCUGCUUCCCAAGUUCGAUAACCAGUUUAUUGUUUGUAAUCGUACUAAUACGGUAGUGAUUGUCAACAUAAGAGGACAGAUUGUCAAAACAUUGACCUCUGGUAAACGAGAAAAAGGUGAUUUUAUUGAUUGCGUUGUUUCUCCUCGCGGCGAAUGGGUGUACUGCAUUGCUGAAGAUCAUGUUCUUUAUUGUUUUUCUCUAAUCAGUGGUAAUUUGGAGAGCACUCUUCCGGUAGGAACAAUGAUUUUGUUAAAAAUUGUUCAUGGUCUUGCUCAUCACCCGCAUCAAAAUCUGAUUGCAACAUUCGCCGAAGAUGGUCUGCUAAAGUUGUGGAAGCCAUAA